UACCACUCAGCUGUUGGACUACCAAAAUGGCGAAGGCGGAAUCAACUAAGAAGACUACCACCUUGCUGUUGUUCGGGAAGACAGGAAGCGGCAGGAGUGCCACCGGGAACUCAAUCUUGGGCCGGAAGGCGUUUGCUGUAUCGCCCAUGUUCAACACGACUACGAAAUACCAGAUAGAGACCUGUGAGCGAGACGGGAGGAACCUGAAGGUUGUCGACACUCCCGACAUAACGGAAAGCCAUGACCACCUCCCCGACAAGGAUCCCGACCGGGAAGUCGCUAAGUGGCUGGUGGAGACCAAGGAUGGCAUCAAUGCGAUCCUCCUUAUCCACAAAUUCGGCGUGCGCUUCACCGACCAGCAGAAAACCCUCUUAGGAGCGUUGGUGAAAUACUUUGGGAAGGACGUCUACGAACACUGCAUAGUGGUCCUCACACACGGAGAUCAAGCGGAGGAGGCCAUGAAAGACGGAUCUCUGACGUCCAUCGAGGAAUACGUGUCCGAAGAGUGGGGUGGUCUACCCAAGCUGAUGGAAAAAGUCGACAACCGGCACGUCGUCUUCAACAACCGCGCCGAAGACGAAGACGAGAAGAAGAAACAAGUGGAACGCCUGAUGGACCGUGUGGAUGAGGUACGAGGCCAAAGUCCAUACAAAAGCCCCUACUGCAGCGGUAUCGCCGACUCACCUCCGACCACAGCCGACCCGGGGAGUGAUGCAGCUGAUGCUACCAACAAAAGCUCCGCCGAUCCCAAAUCUCUUUUUGAGGAACAGGUCGACAAAGUCCAGAAAGCACUCAAACCUUGGUAUUCAAAGCUUCCGUCUUUUUCGUUUGGCAAAAAAGACUAAUUUCGAGUCUAACGCAAACAGCAGAAAUAGUUGUUGCAUGAGAUCUGACUGUGAUUAUUUCAAUAUUUUCACCACCAGUUGGUAAAUACACGUAGAAUGACCAACAUACAUGUAUCAAAGACACUGGUAUUGAUUUUGAUUGUUUAGAAAAAGCUAUAUCAGAUAAGGAUAUAGGGAGAGAAAUCUGUACUCGCUUGAGAUAGAUAGAUCAUCAUAAGGGUUAGGGGUGCUGAUACAAGUGUUCCUGUCAUUGCAAGACUUUUACAAGUGGUUUGAUGGAAGCGUGCGUAGUUCAUUUGUUUUGUUUACGUCUAUGUGUUUAUCAAACACGUGUUUGGACGACUACAAUAUAAUACUAGCAUUAUACUCUAGAUCUGUGGCAUGUAGGUGUUUACUAGUAUCCAAAUAGCAUGGAGUAUCAAUAUUAAAACAACAGAGACCAGUUUUACCAAGGUCAAAAGCAUCAUAAAAGAAUGGUUAACCAAACGACCUUGUAGUUAGAUCGAUGGUGAACUUAUAGUAGACAUUAAAGAAUUGUACAACUGGGUAAUAACAUUUUCAUGCUUCCGGCCUCUGAUAUCUUCAGCUAAUAAAUGGCCAAAUGAAA